AUGAUGCUCCAUGGACUUGCCUACCUCCACUCUGAGUGCCAUGUUAUUCACACCGAUCUGAAACCAGACAAUAUAAUGAUCAAAGUCGAGGAUCCGUCUAUUUUGGAGGAAUCUGCCAAAGAUGAGCACGAACAUCCCCUGCCGCAGAAGAGUUGCCCAGAUGGCCGCACAAUAUAUCUCUCUCGGAAUGACUUCGGCAUCUCCGAAGAGAUCACAGGAAGAAUCCAAAUCACCGACUUCGAUUUAUCUGUCCGCGGGGACCGGGGGCCAAACAAGGGGUGUAUUCAGGCCGAAAUAUAUCGAGCGCCAGAAGUUAUUCUUGAUGCAGGCUAUUCGUACAGUGCCGAUAUCUGGAGCUUAGGGGUCAUGUUAUGGGAUGUUCUUGAAGGCAAAAAGUUAUUCAAAGAGGUUGAUCCCCACGAAGUUCAAGAAUAUGACGAGCUUAACCAUCUUGGCCAUAUCUCUGCAUUGUUAGGUCCUCCUCCAAAGGAACUUCUAGACAAAGGAACAAGGGGUGAUCUCUUUUACAAAACCGAUGGACAAUUCAGAGGCACAACUAUUGCGCCAUCAAACUUCAACUUCGAAGAUUCGAUAUGCAACAUGCACGGUGAGGAUAAGAGGAUGUUUUUCGAGUUCGUGCAAAGGAUGAUAAAAUGGAACCCAGAAGAACGAGGUACUGCAAAGGAAUUACUUCAGGAUCCAUGGCUUUAUGCGGACUUCGAUGAAGAUUGA